GAUGUUCAACCAAUCUGUUCCAGCUGCGGAAGCCGGUGUCUACGCUUUCUAUCCCCGGAGCUAUGAAGGCGUACUCCGGUGGGAGGGACGCGGCUAGCGAGGAAGCAGGCGUCGCACUAGUUGGCGUGCACAGCGAAUAUCCGCGCUACGGCGAAGAACGCGCACUCGGCGGUGGCACCUACAAGGGUGGAGGGGCAGCGAAACAUAAACCCAAUAUAGGAUAUAGGUUAGGUAGAAGAAAGGCGCUAUUUGAAAAAAGAAAACGAAUAAGUGAUUACGCACUAGUGAUGGGAAUGUUUGGUAUUAUAAUCAUGGUCAUAGAAAAUGAACUUUCUAGUGCAGGUGUAUAUACAAAGGCGUCAAUAUAUUCACAAGCGUUUAAGACGCUAAUAUCAAUGUCAACUGUGAUUUUGCUCGGCCUAAUCGUGGCUUAUCACGCUUUAGAAGUACAGUUAUUUAUGAUAGACAACUGCGCUGAUGAUUGGCGGAUAGCAAUGACGUGGCAAAGGAUAGCCCAGAUUGCUCUGGAGCUCGCCAUUUGCGCCGUCCAUCCCAUCCCUGGAGAGUACACCUUCACAUGGACCACUAAACUAGCCAAUAAGGGUGGAGUCAUAGGUGUUGAAGUUGUCCCAUAUGACGUCACGUUAUCUCUUCCGAUGUUCUUUCGACUGUAUCUAAUAUGCAGGGUCAUGCUUCUCCAUAGCAAACUGUUUACAGAUGCUUCUUCAAGAAGUAUAGGAGCUUUGAACAGAAUUAAUUUUAAUACCAGAUUUGUAUUAAAAACUCUUAUGACUAUUUGUCCCGGAACCGUCUUACUUGUAUUUAUGGUAUCAUUAUGGAUAAUCGCAAGCUGGACACUGAGACAAUGUGAAAGGUUUCACGAUGAAGAACAUGCUAACCUACUCAAUGCGAUGUGGCUUAUUGCGAUUACAUUUCUCUCCGUCGGUUUUGGUGACAUUGUGCCAAACACAUAUUGCGGCAGAGGUAUCGCCGUUAGCACUGGCAUUAUGGGGGCGGGAUGUACAGCAUUAUUAGUGACCGUUGCGUCGAGAAAGUUAGAAUUAACUAGAGCGGAGAAGCACGUUCAUAACUUCAUGAUGGAAACACAGCUCACGAAAAAGUUAAAAAAUGCAGCAGCCAAUGUGUUAAGAGAAACGUGGUUAAUAUACAAACAUACGAGGCUUGUUAAAAGAGUCCAUCCGGGCCGAGUGAGAACUCACCAAAGAAAGUUCUUAUUAGCAAUAUAUGCAUUGCGGAAAGUCAAAAUGGAUCAACGAAAGCUGAUGGACAAUGCAAAUACGAUAACAGAUAUGGCAAAGGACCCCUUUCUUUUACAGACUCAAAACACGGUGUACGAGAUUGUGUCAGAUAUGAGCACGAGACAAGACACCAUUGAAGAAAGACUAACUAGUUUAGAAGAAAAAUUAACUUCCCUACAGGAGCAGGUGAACAACUUACCAGACGUGAUGGCAAGGUGUUUACAACAAUGUUGGGAGCGUGCAGAACAGAAAAGAAAUUUCCUUCAUCCUGACACUGCAGCUGUUCCAACGCCGCCUGCAUCUACUAUAUCUCCAUAUACUAGAACAUUAGCAUCAACGACGCAUCCGUGGCCACCAAGUCCGGUGCUGCAGUCAGCAGCGAGAGCUCAUUCUGCCCCUGAGAGUGCGACUGCUCCUUCCCAUGCCGCGCAGUCGUCGAGCCCCGCACCACAUUCCUCACGGCCUCCCCUACCCAGCUGAGUACCGCCUUCUAACUCCGAACUCCUGUGCUGAACUCGACGAAACUCGGCGCCCGUCCUCUGAUCCCCUUUAACACAACUACGCCCCAAUGAGGCCAUCGGGGAAAUUGUUUCACGUUGAACUAAGACUUUUACACAAUCUCGUUGCACCUAAUACUUUGACGUUAAAUAUUUUUUUACACACAGACUUUCUUUUCAUUAUUAUUUUGAAGAUUAUGGUGAUGGUGUUUAAGUAUCAAGUAAUGUAACAAGGGAAAGAUGUGUCAGUGAAAUAAUUAUCCCGGUAAUCGACGGACCAUGCCGCGGUGCGAGACAAGGUCAGCCGUAGUUUUCUUCGCUGUUCCCCAAAGUUUCGGAUGUGUCAGACUGUUUUUAGUGAUAUUUUUUAGGUAGUGAAUGAAAUUAGGCGAAAGGGACAUGCUGUUGUGAUUAUACAAAAUGCUUUAUUGAUAGACGCUUUAGCCAAUACUUUAGAUAUUUUGAAUACAUUGUCAGCAUUUGGAUUAAUAUUAGUUAGAGCGGCAUUGUCUACACUUCUGUUCCGGUUUGGUCAAACAGCAAAAAUACAGUGUUUUGUCAGAAAAUGUUUUUUCUAACGUUUAUUGUAAAUAGCAUCAUCUACUUGAAAAAUGAACAUUGAAAAAUUUAUAGAAUAAAUUAAAUGUUGUUCUUAAAUUAUUUGAUGUAUCCAAUAUGAAAACCAAAUGGGUUAUAAUAUAAAUAAAAUAAAUAACAAACUCCAUAUAUACCUAAUAGUAGACCAGAACAAAAUAAUCUGUAAUGUUAUUCUAGAUAUAACGAUAGCUAGCAGACAAUAUGUAAACUUACCACCUAACGAAACUAUAUCAUUUAUAAGUAUCUGCAUUACUAAUACCUCAAUUUUAGGUUGGACAUAGUUAGAGGUUAUCACAUGUUCUAUGGUACUGUAUACACACCUUUUAGGUUAUAGAUAAAUUGAAUUGUUACUACCUGCCUAUUGACAUGUAGAUUGUAAAACUUUUUUAUAACUUUAGAUAAGUCAUAACAAGACAAUUUAACGAGAAAUUUCGUGAUGCAUAGGUAUUUAGGCAAAGCAUUAAAGUCAACAACUUAAAAUGAACGCACAGAUUAAAGAUCAUUACAUUAUUGUUAAAAAAACAAUAAUUAGGGUUAUGGAUCUGUUACUGCAACUACGAUAGCUGAUGGAAGCAAUUUAAGGAAUAUGUGAACUCAGAAAAAAUCAGUGAACAAUAGAAAAAUUUCUAUUGUUCACUGAUUUGAGGGUGCUUUGCUUUUUUGUGAAAAAAUCACGGCGCUUUUCGAUAAAUUGCUGAAUUUAGACGAUGUGCGAUUUCCACAUUGUCCGAUAUCAGUAUUGAAAAUCAAUUAACUAGCAUAAUUACUCUAAUUACGAAAAGUGGAACUGUUAACUUCGCUAACAAAGUAUUUCCUCAUUUUAUAUAAUAUCAAAGAUAUUAUUCUAAAGAUACUGGACCGGUAUGAAAUACCGAUACUAGUUCGGAUAACGUGGAAACUUCGUAAGGAAUAGAUUAAGUAAAGCUUUUUAAUAAGACAUUAAGAUUGAUGGCUGUCUAAAUAGUGCCUAAAACACUACGAAAAUUUCGAUAAUUCAGUUUUAUUAUCUUAAUAACUUAUAAAUAUGUAAAUAGGAAACUAAGAUUUGAUAGUGUAAUUUUAAUACUUAAUAGUUUUGUAGCUUGAGUACGAGUGAUGGGAUCAAUUUCUUUAUGAAUUUUCAGUUCUUAAAGGAACCCUACUAUACUUCACUGGUUUACAAUCUAUUAUUAUA